AUGGAAACAUNUCCACAUCGUCGUUAUGACUGGAUCCGGUAUGGCAAUGGUGUGUUACACGGAUCGCAUGGCGCUUGCGAGAACGAAAAGACUGCGAAUGGAUGGUAUGAGUUCCUUACUUUCUAUUUCUGCACGUACUGCGUAUGUCUUUGUGACGACCCUUCAUCAGAGACAACAGACCGCUUCAUCAGUCUUAUUCCUAUCGAGACUGACGUCCGCAAUGGCAUGGUGCUGACGGGAGUGAAGUUCACCAAGCACCAGCGUAUGAUUAUGAUGCAAGUGGAGCAAGGGAGAGCCUUGCCUCAGGGACAAGUGGAGCCUUCGUCUCGCCAGUGGAUACCAUUGCCCGACGAGACCCUGAGAUUUUUGGUGGAGGGCAUUCACUACCACACCUUGACGUACGAGGCUCGAACCAUGGACCUGGAUGACUUGACUGCACCUGCCGACCACGUCAUCACCGGCACGCGCUUUCAUGUUGUGGAUUCUUCUCUUAAACUUCAGAUCCGAGUGACUCCAAUCAACUUCAUGGAUGGUUCGUUGAGGCCCGAAGAUAGCUUCUGGGCUAACAGCCACUCUGAAGAAACUACUCGCAAGAAGCUUAUUCUUCACAAGCCAGAUGACCCAACCAAGCUACAAAUUCCCUCCCGUGUUGUCAGUCACGGUGGCAAUUAUGUCGAGUUUCAGGCAACAGAUUUGGAAUCUGACGUGUCUCAAAUGACGGUGCCGUAUUUUGACACACAGCCCGUGAGCACCUCACCCCCUACCUGGAUCUCCGGAGUGAGUUUAUACUACAGAGGCAGAGAUCUCAGCGGAGGGUUCAUUGGUCUUCAGAUUCAAACCUAUAACGUCUCCAAGGUUCUCGAGGAGGCUAUCGGUAAAGUACUCGAUUCUUGAUCACACCGGCACGUUUGAUGUCACUCGUAAUCGUCCAUUAACGCAAGGCUAUUGCUCCGUGAUUCAAAAAGAAAAAAUGCGCAAAUUAUUUCUCAUUUAGUUCCGCCUUGCUCAUAUUAUUUCUCAUUUAUUUCAAUGUUGCCUGUUCAGUGUUGAUUUUCUGGCUCAUUAUCCUCUCUAUUGAUGCAUAUAUCUGAUAGUUGAAUUUCCUAUAUGCUAGUACUUUUCAAGUCCUAAACUGUAUAUGACUAGAGAGCAAAUAUUGUUUGCGCGUUCAUUACGGGCGUGUUCAUAACGGCCUAAGAAGUUAAGUGCUCAAAGCCAUAGCGCCGGAUGUCCACAGCCACAAAAUAAG